UGGUGUUUUUGUAACAGCCCUCGCGCGCGUGUGGGUAUAUGUGUGCUCUAUGAAGUGGUGGAAAGCCGGGAAAUUUGAGAAAGUAGAGGAAGAGCUCCGCUAAGCUGGUGUGUAUUCCGCACGUUCAAAGGGCGAUGGCGCUCGACUCAGAACCAGCCCUUGUAGAAGAACAAGGAGAAGAAGAAGAAGAAAAAGAACGGAAAUUACAACUUGAUGCACCGGCACAUCACCCUUCUGCUCCGCCUGAUGAGUUGUUUGAAAUCUCAACUACAGUUGAUCCUAGUUAUAUAAUCUCUCUGAUACGGAAACUUCUACCAACUGAUGCAAGAAAUAACCACGAUUCUCCUGGCGUUGAUGCGUGUGUUGACAUUAAUCAAGUAGAAAAUACUGGUCAUGUGGAAGAAUGUUCAGCUUCUCUAUCUGGAGAUGAAGUUCUGAAUUCUUCAAAUAAUAAAUCUGAGAGCAUGGAGAUUGUUGGGGAUUAUGAUCAACAUGCUCGACAAGAAGGAGAAGAUGAAGAAUCAUUUCGUACAUCUGAUCAGCCUAGUGUAUCAUCAGAAGAAGAGGCUUGGGAGGAGUAUGGUUGCAUUUUAUGGGAUCUUUCUGCAAGUAAAACUAAUGCAGAACUCAUGGUACAAAACCUCAUACUUGAAGUACUUUUAGCAAACCUUUUGGUUUCCCAAUCUGUGCGUGUUAAGGAGAUUAGCCUUGGAAUUAUUGGAAACCUUGCCUGCCAUGAAGUUCCGUUGAAACAUAUAGUCUCUACAAAUGGAUUGGUUGAGAUAAUUGUGGAUCAGUUAUUUCUAGAUGAUGCUCAAUGCCUAUGUGAAGCUUGUCGGUUGUUAACCUUGGGUUUUCAAAGUGGGGGUGAAUGUAUUACUUGGGCUGAAGCAUUGCAGUCUGAGCAUAUUCUAUGCCAAAUUUUAUGGAUUGUGGAAAAUACUUUAAAUCUACAGCUUAUUGAAAAGAGUGUAGGACUAUUAUUAGCCAUCAUUGAAAGUCAGCCGAAAGUUGUGCAUGUUCUUCUUCCACCUUUGAUGAAGCUGGGAUUGCCAAAUUUAUUGAUUAAUCUCUUGACUUUUGAGAUGAGCAAAUUAAUGAGUGAAAGAACACCUGAAAGGUACCCAAUUCUUGAUGUAGUCCUUCGCGCAAUUGAAGCUCUUUCUGCUAUAGAUGGUUAUUCUCAAGAAAUCUGUUCAAAUAAGGAACUUUUUAGACUGGCUUGUGACAUGGUCAAACUCCCUGACAAAGUUGAGGUUGCCAGCUCUUGUGUUACUGCUGCAGUACUGGUUGCAAAUAUUCUUUCUGAUGUAUCUGAUUUAGCUUCAGAGAUGUCACAGGAUUUGCAUUUCUUACAGGGGCUGCUCGAUAUAUUUCCUUUUGCUUCGGAUGAUCUAGAAGCACGGAGUGCACUCUGGAGCAUCAUUGCAAGGUUGCUAUUUCAUGUUCAGGAAAAUGAGAUGAGUCAAUCAAGUCUAUCUCAGUAUGUUUCAGUUCUUGUAAGCAAAUCUUAUCUGAUUGAAGAUGAUCUUCUCGACCACCAAUUAGAUGACUCCAGCAAAGGACACGAGGGCUUGACAACUAAUUGCACAAAAUCAAAUGCUAUAACUACAGCCCUUAGAAGGAUAAUCAGUAUUUUAACCCAAUGGACUGCUUCAAAGGACUCUGCUGAAGAGAGUAACAUGACAAGCGAACUUAACGGAGAUAAUGUCAAUAUGAAUAGAUUGCUUGAUUGCUGUCGUAAAUAUUCUGAAUUUAAUGCUGCAUCGUCCUUCAAGGAUUGAAAUUUGUUCGUAUUGCCAUCUGCGUAGUUUGUAUCGCCAUCUGCGUCCUACUUUUGAGAUGUAUACCCCGUGCAAUCACAGCAGAGAAAAUUCCUGUAAAGAAUAUUGCUGAGAGGAAUACAUUUUUUCUGGAUCCUGCUAGGAACAUUGAAAUUUAGCUGCCAGGACAAGAUUGCAAGAGAUCCAAAUUGUGCCUCGUACAUGAGAAUGGCGGUCGGACAGAUGCCCCCGGCCUCACGUUUACAUUGUCAGUUUUGCUGGUAGAAGUCCAGAGGCAUGUUAUCCAAAACAUUUGCCUGCUUAAUGUAACACACUAGGUUGUCUUGUGGGGAUGGAAUGCUUGAAUAGAAGCAGAGCCUUUUUGUAGCAUGAAUCGACUCUGCACUUUGGCACUUUCUAGUUGGCAGACCACAGGACAUUUAGUUUGGACACAACAUUGUAAAAAGAAAAUGACCAAGUGGGUGAGAAUUAAGUCCAUGUUUUCCGUUUCAGUUAGGCCUCAGUGUGAACUAGGUAAAAGAGACUAUUAAGUUUAGAAAAGCCAUAUAAAUGAGAGCAAUGCUAGAAAUUUUAUUUUUA